AGGGUUCUCGAGCUAGGGUUUAUCGUUGCCGCACGAUGAUCCAGUCUUACUCUCGGAUCUUCCACUUAGAAUGCUUGCUUCCAUCGAAACCUUCAAAUUAUGGCGAUUUGGAUCGAAUCGAGGCAGCGCUGCCUACCCCAUGAGAAAUUUUUGCCUUUCUUCCUUCCGGCGUUUGGCCGUGAGGGAAUUAGGGUUUGACGCUACGGCUAUGGCUGCGCAGAGCGCCAAUGGCGCCAAAGGAGGAUGGAUCCCGCCAUCGCCUCCAGCUCCUCCUCCUCAGGGAUUGAUCGUCAACAACACGCUGUGCGGCCACAAGGUGCCGUUCGCGACGAGCGAUGGAUCCAAACGAGUGACUUGGUAUAUAUGUGGACCGACUGUCUAUGAUUCUUCCCAUAUCGGCCACGCCAGGAACUAUGUGACAUUUGAUAUCUUGAGGAGAAUUCUCGAGGAUUUUUUUGGCUACGAUGUUUUCUAUGUGAUGAACGUUACUGAUGUGGAUGAUAAGAUCAUCAAGCGAGCUCGUCGGGACCAUCUACUGAGAAUGUACUUGGAGAGAGUUAAAGAUCCCUCAGAGGUUAUACGAGACCUUACAAAGGCGUUUGAUACGGAGAAUGAAAAACAAGGGAAGAGUCUGGCAAGUGCAAAGGAUGAGUUUGCAAAGGCGAAGGCGUCGCAGAAGAAAGAACUUGAAGAGAAAGCAAAGCAGGAGGAGCUUAAGCUUGAGAAGGUUCGACAGGCUGAAGAGGCUUUCAAACUUAAACGAGACAAAGCUGGCUUAAUGGGAGACGAUGGCAUCAGUCACUUGCUUGGCGACAAUGCUGACGACUUUUUGGCUUCGAAAUUGGACGAUGAUCUCGGUCACACUGUUACAGAUCAUGGGAUAUAUCGCGCUCAUGCAUCAAGAUACGAGAAAGAAUUCUUUGAGGACAUGAAGAGUCUUGGGGUUAAACCGCCAGAUGUUAUCACCAGAGUCACGGACUACAUUUCGAAGAUUGUAAAAUAUGUCGAAACUAUCAUCGCAAAUGGAUAUGCUUAUGAAGUCGAUGGCAGCGUAUACUUCGAUACCGAAGCAUUUAACACAAAGCACACUUAUGGAAAGCUUAAUCCGGCAGCUGUAGGAUGUGUUGGUCUGGCUUCUGAGAGCGAAACGAACUUCAAAACCAGAAACAAGAAAAACAAUAACGACUUCGCGUUAUGGAAGGAAAGCAAAGUUGGGGAGCCUUUCUGGGAUUCCCCAUGGGGACCUGGCCGUCCUGGUUGGCACAUCGAGUGCUCGGCUAUGGCCAGUGACGUUAUUGGGGAGAUCAUUGAUAUCCACUCAGGUGGAGCUGAUUUGAAAUUUCCGCACCAUGACAAUGAACUAGCUCAGGCUGAAGCUUACCAUAGUUGCUCACAGUGGGUGAAUUACUUCUUUCACAGCGGUCACCUCUCAGUGAACGGACUAAAAAUGUCCAAGUCUUUGAAGAAUUUCACUACGAUCAGACAGGCACUGGAAGAACUACAUUAUUCUUCUAGUCAGCUUCGACUUCUUUUCCUUCUCCAUCAGUGGGAUAAGCCGAUGGAUUUCAGUGCGUCAGCGAUGAGUGAAGCUGCACAAAAGGAGAAACAGUUUGACAACUUGUUCAGAGAAGUCAGAGAUAUCGUCAAGGAGACCGAUGAGAUGCUGCCAGGAAAUUUUGGAGACAAUGAAAAAACACUAGAAACAUUGCGGCGCGAAACUGAACUGGAAGUCAGAAGCCAUUUAGAAGACAAUUUCAACACGGCCAGGGCUCUUAAAAGUCUCUCCGACCUCGUCGGUGGAGUCCACUCCUACUUGAAUCAGUCCAAAUUCGAUUCCAGCAGCCCGAGUCCUGUACUGCUGAAGAAGGUGGCGAGCUAUAUCAAGAAAACGUUACAAGUUUUUGGUUUAUAUGAAUCUGAUGCCUUCGCAUCACAAGCUCAAGCGUCUUUAGGAGAGAAAAAUGGGCCUACCCUUGAUCAGUUGAUCGACACGCUGUGCCAAUACAGGGCAGAUGUCCGUGACGCUGGGAAGGCCAAUGAAAGAAUCAUGGAGCUCUCUGACGAUCUUCGGGACCGUGUCCUUGUCGAUCUAGGUGUGAGCCUGAUGGAUAAAGAUGGAGGUUUCUCAUGGGAGCUUAAGGAUGCCGAAGUAUUGAAAAGAGAGAGGGAGGCAAAACUCAGAGCCUCAGCAGACGCAGAAAGAAAGAAGUGUCAGACAAAGAAAGAACAGAAGGUGAAAGAACUGGAAAAGCUGGAUGCAGCACGAGACCCAUCCGAGUACUUUAGAAAGCUCAGCGAGAAAUACAGCCAGUUUGACACGCAAGGAAUUCCCACACACAACGCGGAGGGGAAGGAGCUGUCCAAAGCCGCUAGAAAGGACGCGGACAAAACUUACAAGCGCCUCAUGGACGACCACGCGAAGCUCCAGGCAAAACUGGCCACUGAUCCUCACUAUCUAGACAGAAUACGAAAGGAAGUGGAGGAGCUGGACAAGAGAAUCCAGUCCCUCGCAUAAAAUUUUCUAUAAUCGUACGGCCAAGCGUACGACAAUAAUAUUCGAGCAAGUACGGUCAAAAUAAAGCAUUGGAGUUAAAUCC